AUGGGUCUCCUUCAUCUCACAAAAAAAUCAAUCUUUUUCACUCUUGCAAUACUCAUUCCAAUUAUCACUACAAAAUUCUUAUCACCAUUCAUUGCUUGUGUCUCACUCAUACUCUCAUUAGUAUUAUACAUAUACUCAACUCAUUCCAAUUCAAACCACAAAACCCCUCCAACCCCUUUUUCUGUUCCUAUAUUUGGAAACUGGCUUCAAGUUGGAAAUGAUCUCAACCAUCGCAUUCUUGCAUCCAUGUCACAAACAUAUGGACCACUUUUCCUCCUCAAACUUGGUUCCAAAAACCUAGUUGUUGUCUCUGAUCCAAACCUUGCCACACAAGUUCUCCAUUCACAAGGUGUCGAAUUCGGCUCUCGUCCUCGUAAUGUUGUAUUCGACAUCUUCACCGGUAAUGGACAAGACAUGGUUUUCACCGUCUACGGCGAUCACUGGCGCAAAAUGCGAAGAAUCAUGACAUUGCCUUUUUUCACUAACAAAGUUGUUCAUAAUUAUAGUAACAUGUGGGAACAAGAGAUGGAUUUGGUAGUGCAAGAUCUUAAGGCUAAUGAGAUUGUUGGAAGUGAAGGGAUUGUUAUCAGAAAACGUCUUCAGUUGAUGUUGUAUAAUAUCAUGUAUAGGAUGAUGUUUGAUUCCAAAUUUGAGUCUCAAGAAGAUCCUUUGUUUAUUCAAGCUACAAAGUUUAACUCUGAGAGAAGCCGUUUGGCACAAAGUUUUGAAUACAAUUAUGGAGAUUUUAUACCUUUGCUUAGGCCUUUCUUGAGAGGCUACCUUAACAAAUGCAAAGAUUUGCAAACUAGAAGGCUUGCAUUUUUCAACAGUUACUUCAUUGAGAAGAGAAGAAAAAUAAUGGCAGAAAACGGGGAGAAGCAUGAGAUAAACUGUGCCAUUGAUCACAUAAUAGAUGCAGAGAUGAAAGGUGAAAUAACUGAAGAAAACGUGACAUACAUAGUAGAAAACAUAAACGUCGCUGCAAUAGAAACAACACUGUGGUCAAUGGAAUGGGCAAUAGCAGAGAUAGUGAAUCAUCCAAAAGUCCAAACGAAAAUCCGCGAUGAGAUAUCGAAAGUGCUUAAAGGAGAACAAGUGACAGAAUCAAACCUAAACCAGUUACCAUAUCUACAAGCAACAUUGAAAGAGGUACUAAGAUUGCACACACCAAUUCCAUUGUUGGUGCCUCACAUGAACCUGGAAGAGGCGAAGCUAGGAGAGUACAGAAUUCCGAAAGAGAGUAAGGUAGUUGUGAAUGCUUGGUGGCUUGCAAACAAUCCAUUAUGGUGGGAGAAGCCGGAGGAGUUUAGGCCGGAGAGGUUUUUGGAAGAGGAGAAUGGAACAGAUGCGGUGGCUGGUGGAGGGAAAGUUGAUUUUAGGUUUGUGCCAUUUGGUGUUGGGAGAAGAAGUUGUCCUGGGAUUAUACUUGCAUUGCCAAUAUUGGGAUUGGUGGUUGGGAAGUUGGUGUCAAAUUUUGAGAUGAAGGCUUUGAAUGGGAUGAAGAUUGAUGUUACUGAAAAAGGGGGACAGUUUAGUUUGCAUAUUGCUAAUCAUUCAACUGUUUUGUUUCAUCCAAUUGAUUAA